AUGUCCACUCUAUUGGAUGUUGAUAAUAUAUCUCGCUGGACAUUAAAUCAUUUUAAAGAAUUGGAAGGGUUACUUCCUGAUUUGAUUCCACUUAUUAGAUGGUUUCAAAUUUCCUCAAAAGACUUUUGGCGGAAAGUUAGUCAAUUUGAACAAAUCUUACCAAAACAAUUAUAUAAGUUUAAGCGUUGGGCCGCUUUGGUUAUUCGUAAAAAAAUCUUUUGGUCGUCAAUACGGGAUUAG